CAUGGCGAACACACUGGGUUCUCUUCGAGUUCUGUGUGUCGUGUUGUUCAUGUCACCGGCGUGGUUUGAUGAAGCUUUGGCUACAGAAAGGCCGUUAGAGCCCGAAAUCGAGAGCAACAGGACUGGUGAACAUGCGCAGACUGAUGAAGGGUUAGCUCCUAAGAAUCCAGGCGCAGUCGACGUGACUUUGGGUGAAAUUGUCAUAGCCAUCACACAAGAGGCAUCGUGUUGUGGUCGGUGCAACAAAACAGGAACGCUCUACGAACGCAACGGCAGCGCCCCCUGCUACUGCGAUGAGCACUGCUUGGUAUACACGGACUGCUGUCUGGACUUCGAGUUGUACUGCACUGAUCUAGAAUCGCGAUUGGUCCAACCUGGGGAUGGUGGGCUUUGGCAGGCAUUUCAGAACUGCUCAGAUGGACAGGGGACGAGUCCGACAACAACGAUCUGGAGCUUUGCGACUGAUAAUGGUUUAUAUAGUGGAGAGUGCUCGGUCUGGCAGGCGAUUCAAGAUUACUCGGAUAGUGCAGCACGGGAGUACGCCUGUAAGUUGGAAGCCCUGUGGGUUCCUGUCAUUCUGGCGCGACGCGCAAACAGGCUCCUGGUGCGCGUGGCUGGUGGAUACGAUUUUGAUUAUGUCUUGGUUGGGAGCUGCGGGAACAACAGUGCCAAGCAAGAAAUGGUCGGUCUGUGUGGAGGAAUGGGGUCGGGGUCCUUUGAGACAUUGGAUGAUGUUAAAGGGGUGGUUCCAGUGACGGCCCCGGACGGGUUGCACUACCGUAACGCUUACUGCGCCCAAUGCAAUGGCUUCUCUGAGGCGGACUUGCAGUUCUGGCAGGUGAAGUUAAACUGCCCGGCCGAUGUUGCGGUCACUGGUCUCACAGACAGCUCUAUCGGCAGUUGCAGUGUUGGCCGUGUCUCUCCUCCAAACCCGUUCAUGUGGAACGCUCCCCAACCGCGAAUGGUCUCAUUCAAAUAUGGAUGUUUUUGCAGUCUGGGUGCUUGGCCUGCGGUGUGCGGAGUGUACCAACUGAAAUCGGGCCAGUGCUGCAGAGGUCAGCACUGCCAACAUCAGUGUCGUUGUUUCAUCUUGGGAGUAAUGUAUGUCGAUGCAGAAGCCCCCUUCGGUGGUCAGUUUCUUCCAAUCAGUGCGCUCUUUGAUUUCUCCUCCCAUCGGGACUUGCGUUUCUCCCUGGGUGACCAGCCUCAGGAAUUGGUCUGCAACCAAGGUACCUACUUUGACGUUGCUCUGAGGUCAUGCCGCAGAUUCUUUUGUCCUUCCGGUCAGCGACUUGGCGCCCACGGUGAAUGCGUGGCAGCAAUCACCGAUCCCUGUUUAUUAUCCGAUCUGGGAGACCCGCCAGUAUGUUUGUUGGACCUUGAGUUUCAGACUAAAACUAGAGAAGUUGAUCUAGUGCAAUCGCGUUUGAUCGAAAGCUUGAUGAAUGCUACAGCAAACGUUACCCUUACCCCACUGCGCCCCAUUGAUUGCCCAGAUCUUCGUCAGUCACCAUAUUGUAAGUUCCUUGUCAUUGUUGAAUCACAGUUUACCUUUGCUGAAACAGCAACCCGCUUCCUUUCUACUUGGAGACACCUCAUCGCUCAGUGGCAGUCAGAUUCCUACGUCACAUUUCAAAAACUGACGCUGAUGAAUUUCGGCGAACGUAAGUUCUUAAUUGACAAAUGUGCUCGUCUAGGACAGACACCAGUUCGCUAUUCGUUUGGCUCCGACUUCAAGAAAUUUGAAAUCAACGGCACUUCAUUUGUCAACAUCAGAGUAGAUAACGGGUCGGUGACAUGUCCAUCCGAGAGAACCUUUAAAGAGGUUGUUUUCACAUCGCCAGGUGACGUUGAGGAGUUUGUGCAUCUCUGCGAAAUGAAGUUGAACUGUUCCCUGGUGGUUCUCAACUCUAGCGAUUUCAGUUGGCUGGACAACACGACGGUGGAACUCUCGUCCGGAGGCAAUCUGUCGAGUGAAGAAGUUAUCAAGAUCAGCGACGAAGAAGUCGUAGUGUGUCGUCAGCCUGAUGAAUGCCCCAACUGUCGCGAAUCCUUUUCCGGCAUUUUCUCCGUGGUCGGCCUUAUAGUCUCGCAGGUUUUCCUGCUCUUAACUCUUCUCAGUUUCUGCGUUUUCCCCGAGCUCUGCACUCUGCCCGGCAAGAACUUGUUCUGCUUCAUCGCGGCCCUGUUCCUGACCCAGAUGGUAUUUCUACUCGGACCCGGGUCACCCCUUGGUAAAUUCACAACCGCCAACAACGACACCUGCCUGGCUUUUGCAGUCACGAUUCACUACCUGCUGCUGGCGACCUUCUUCUGGAGCAACGUGGUGUCUCUUCACCUGGCUCGGACUUUCGGCUUCAGGCUUCGGAUGAGGAGCGAGCGCUUCGGUCGGGCUUUCCUUUGGUACUCCCUGUACGGCUGGGGUGCUCCCGCCUUGAUUUCUGCUACCAGCUGCAUUCUUCAUCACCUCCUUGUAGUUGAUGGGAAAAGGGUGAUCAUAUACGGCAUCGACUCUUCCAUCUGCACCCCUUAUAUGGAUGGUAUGUUGUACCUUGUGUCUGUGCCCAUUUCUGUCCUCAUGUGCUCCAAUGCGGUUUUCUUCGUACAGACUGUGGUUGGCAUCAGGCGGACAAGAAAAUCUACCAGCAUGGUUCAGAAGGAGAAGAGAAAACUCGAACGCCUGCAAUCUGAGGCCAUUCUCUGCAUCAAGAUUUUCGUUGCGACUGGCAUGACCUGGUUUCUGAUCGCCCUGCUGGGGUAUUUCAGUGUUGAAGGCUUCUCCUACUUCUUCACCGUGUUGAUCUCCUCACAGGGGCCGCUCCUUUUCUUGUCUUUCGCCUUCACCGAGAGAAUCCGCGACAUGUGGCGGGCGAAGUUCUGCGACCGCGUCAGGUGCACAGGCGUGUACAGCACCAAGGAGACGGCCGUCUCCAGCGUCUCUCGCGCCGUUGGCGCUGGGCUAGCCAGGCACGCCGGGAACAAGAUGCACGACUCCUCGGACGAUUCGCUGAUUAGGAUCGAUGGCAAGGCCAUGCUUCUCGAAGACAAGACUACGGAUAACCUUUACGAGCAUGUAUUUAGUGACAACGAGGUCCUCGAAAACCAGUUCUAGAGUGAUAGAGGCGAUUGCGUGGACUGCAUUUCAGACAUUAAAGCGACUUAAAAAUUGGAAAUUAUGAAUACAAAUCUUAUCCAUUUAAUAGUUUAAUUGUUUACCAUAAUUAAACUUAGACGGAUCACAGUUUCUAUUUAUAUCCGAAUUUCUGUACUAUAGCGCUAAGAUGUUAAUUUUGAAAGUAAAAUGUGCUGCUUAACAGUCAGGGCGACAAAAUGUUGCAUUCGUUCUUAAUGGCUGUUUUAUGGGAUUCGCAUGGAGACUGUAGAGGGCGCUGUCACCAAACUUAUAGAAAGAACCCAGCACAUGGUUUGGGAUAUGCAACGAAUUCUUAAUAAUGUGUUAGCGUUUUGCGCCUGAGCUAAACGCACCGUAGGUGCAGUUGUCAAAGUAAACCUUUGUAUUCACACUCCAUAGGGAGUAGUUAAGGCGCCUGUCACACUGUCACGAUGUAGCCUCCCGAUCAUGAUAAGACAGUACCGAGACGCAAGACUCGAAGACAUCGUGAAACUCAUAACGACAUCUGAACUUUAUCGGAACGACUUCUUGAGCGUCGUUUCGGCAUCCUACAGGUCGUGCAUGGUCGGCAGUGGAGCCACGAUUAGUUUCAACAGUUUAAAAAUAUCGUGAUGGUCGGCCAAAAAACCCCCCAAAACGGAUCAGAGUCUGUUCUCCGUCUGCACUACUACUAAUAAUAAUGGCUUCUUGUAUAGCGCUCAUGUCUGUCACGAAGUGACGCUCCUCGCGGCUUGACGGGGUUGGUCUUUGGUCUUGGAUGUGUGACAGGGGCUUUACGUGCUAUUUACCCAGAGUGUAGCAUGUAUACGGAAUUGGCUAUUUCUUUAACUUAUCGUUUAUGUAAAUAGUCAAUGUUUGUCUUAAUUCUGUGGUCUUCAAUUUCUAAUAUUCUUUCUAAGGUCAACCAGUCACCAUUUGAAGAAAACUCUCAAAAGGGGAAUUUUCACCAUCCGUUCUGUUUGGGCACGGAUUCGGAAACGUGACAAUGAUUUUGGUCCUACUUUAUAGGCCAUAUAUUGCAAACGCCCAAAAAUACCACCAAAUUAUCAUGAAUUUCCUUCCUUGACUGUAAAUGAAUAAUAGUCUUAAGCAUCCUGUGAAACUGUGGCAUGCAUCUGGUGUACGUGCCGUCAUUUUCAAGAAAAGUGGAAUGUUUGUAUUAAUUAAAAUAGCUGAUUUGUUUUUCUCGAAUACUGCCCAAAAUUUAGUAACUCCACAUUUGUGAACGGGUUUAAGCCAGCUAAUCUGCAGUCACUGGCCUGACAAGUCCGAUACGGCUAUAAAUCGCUCCGUUUCGUCUGAAGUAGGGUCAGGGAACCAGACUGCAAGAACAGCAUCUUUUCCUUGGUUCAUCCUUUGAGAAAGGAUGGUUUAUCCAGCUUAGCCUCUAUGAACACAAAACUGUGUUUUAUAUUUGUUAUACUUUGGUAGGCCUACUAGCCCCAGAUUACAGCAAAAUAAAAUGCUAUAUAUUACUUUAAAGUUUAGCAUCGCAGGGCCGCACAAGAAUUCCCCUGACUCCACAAUCAUAAUGGUAGUAUAACCCUGCAACAUAAUGUCACAUGUUGCAGUCAAACGUCUACGAGGCUCAGUGAAGCGAGGGGUUAAGGGGAAGCUAACAAAGCGGCUUUGAAACGGAAACGAACAUAUUUGAAAAGGCGACUGAAAAAGAAAUCGUAAACUGAAAGGUGUACUUACAUACUAAAUAUAGUCUCUUUAUUUUCUGAU